GGAAGAUGAGACGUGGAAAAUGUCAAUGAUGAAAUGUUUGACAUAUUGUGUUUUAAAUAUUGUGUUAAUCGUUCAAAUUGCUCAUAAAUUAGCAUUGUCUGAGACUCUAAAAGGCCUUUAUGAUAACAACGAUAAAGUUUACGUGUUAAAUCACAGGAAUUUCGAUAAAAAUGUUGUCGGUUCUGAGUCCGUUUGGUUGGUUGAAUUUUACAACAGUUGGUGUGGACAUUGUAUCAAUUUUGCCCCUAAAUGGAAGGAAUUUGCUGCUGAGAAGACAGCAUGGUGGCCAAUUGUGCAGAUAGCAGCUGUUGACUGUGCUGUGGAGGAGAACACAGAGUUAUGUAGAGUCCAGAAUAUAAGAGGAUUCCCAUCUUUUAAGUUGUUCCCACCGCGCUAUAAGCCCAAUGGUACUGUGGUGCAGUUCCACGCGCAAGAGAAGCCGGAGAUCGAGGACCAUGUCAUCAACUUCAUUUCAAACACCACACUGGUUGAACCUCCUAAAUCCUGGCCCAACCUUGCACCUAUCAAGUCCAUGGAGGAUAUCUGGGAUGAAGCGAAAGAUGAGCAUCGUCACGUGGCCUUUGUGUGUGAAGACGAGGGAUCACACAUUGGUAGGCAGAUAAUACUGGACACAUAUCGCUACAAGCCUCUGCUGGUCAGAAGAAUGUUACGAGGGGCGGUCAAAAAGUUUGGGGUUGAUGACCUGCCUGCUCUCUUCCUGAUCAACCGGGAUGGAACCUUCACAAAUCUUGCCAAGAAGGACAACUCCCGCGAGGGUAUGUUGCAUGAUCUACUAGAGUUACUCAGCGCCGAUGAGCUGGGGGCUGGGGACAAGUACAUUGCUCAGAGGGAGGAGGGCCGGAAGGCAGAUGGUGUCAUUGAGAUGGAACAAGCACAGCUGGCAAAGAUGGCAACCAUACCUGAGAAAAAACCAGCUGUAUAUAUGUCAGACCUGGAAUCCACGCUUCACUACGCAUUCAGACAAGAGGUCGCCAUCUGUAGCCAGAUCAAGGGGGAACAACUUACAGCCCUCAAAACAUUCAUAAAUGUCCUUAUUAAGUAUUUCCCAGGUCGGGAAUGUUUGCAAACCUACCUUGAGAAGGUUGCCGCCUGGCUUGCUACCGUGACAACAGAGAUAUCUGGGGAACAGUGGCUCAACAAGAUUGAUGAACUGCAGACAGUGUCAGAUUACCUGAGAGACCGUGUUAGGUGGGUGGGGUGUAGUGGGAGUGAGGCCCGUUACCGUGGUUACCCAUGUGGAUUGUGGACUCUCUUCCACACCCUCACUGUCGGCAUGUUCACACACACAAGGCAAUAUCCUAAGGACUUGCCCAUCGAUGUGUUGUCAGCAAUUGCUGGCUACAUGAAGCAUUUCUUCGGUUGCGAAACCUGCGUCAAACACUUCCUUGGGAUGACCAAAACCAUAACAGUCGGUGACCGGAAGCCUAGUGGCUCCAUCUUGUGGCUCUGGCAGGCACACAACAAGGCCAAUGCUCGUCUCCGGGGUGAUAUCACAGAAGACCCAAAAUAUCCAAAACUUCAGUUCCCACCAAAAACAUUAUGUCCAGAGUGUCAGAGUGAUACAGGUGUAUUCAUCAAAAGUCAUGUUUUUGAUUUUUUUGUGAAAUUUUAUGGAAAAUCUGCUAUUAUUUUAGAAUCUGAUGACUCAUUCCAAACAGGAAGUGAAAUUAAUCCUGCAGUAACUCCUGAAAGGGAUUUAGAUUGGUGGGAAUUGCACCAGAGAAGAAAAGAUCUGGAAAAAAUAAGAUCUUUAAGAAAAAUUAAGAAGGAAAAAUCUAAAAGCAAACAAGAUGACAGAAUAAAUGCUCUGGUAGCAGUCAACAGUAAAGCAUUUCACCAAGAAGUUGGACAGGAAGUAGAGUUUACAGUCCAGCAGCAAAGGUAUAGCUGGGGGUUCACCAACCUGGAUAUGGGCAUGUGUGUGCUCUUCUAUGUGCUCUGUUCUCUUGUCAUUCUCAUCCUGUAUUAUCAUUUUAUUGUAAGGAGAAAAUACAGACCUUGUCAUUUUUUUAUGAAAAAAGUCAUUGUAUGAUAUAUGAUUAUAUUGGUUUCUGUUUUAGCAUUUUAAACACUUUUCAAGGCAUUUUUAUUCAAGUUAACUAUGGAAGAAGGUGCACAAGUUGUUCAGGUAGAAUUUUAAAACAUUCCAGGUCUAUAUUUAAAACAUUAAUGUACCUUCAGUUUUUCUUUAAUUUUUCUUACAUGAAAGUUGACAUACUUUGGUUUUCAUACCAACAGGAUAACUCAUUAUUACAAGUUAACUUUAAUUUAUUAAUUGAUGUUGAGUGAUUUAGUGUCACUAAAAACAAUGCUCUUUUUUUCUUAUAUACACAUUUUGGUAAUACCAUACCUUUAAGUAUGACUUACUUUUAACUUUUACGCUCAUUUUAUGAAAUUUGUCAUAUACAAAUGCUUUACUGUUUAUUAUAUUGUUAAAAAAGCCAAUGAUAAUCAGCGAUUACUGCUGAGGUAUGUCUGUAUUGUAAUACUGUUGUUAUUGCUUUAUAUUUGUUCUGUAUUUUGAAACUGUUGAUCAUAUUUAUUUUUUUAACAAUUUUUUUUUUGCCAUGACAUUUUAGUUAAUUUUUUUUUGUAAAUGAGGUUUUUAAACCUUUAAUAUUGCCAUAGUUAAAAGUGCUGAAUAAAGGUCAGUAAGUUAACUGAAAUAAAAGUCAGCAUUAUAGUCCUGUGGGGGGGGGAGGGGGGGGGGGUGUGCAUUCGAAGAUUUAAGCCCCUAUUUCUUGAAACAUCUUAAAGCUUACAAGGUUGGAGUAGUUUAUUUCAGUGAGGCAACAUUACAAACUUAAAGUUUUGAUCGACAAUGGGUUUAUUUUGAUUAUCAAAAAUUAUUUCCUUAUUAAUAAAGUCUAGAAACUCGUGAUGAAGUAAAUAUUACUUAAAUUAUAGAAAAAUUAUAGUAAGCUAAGUCCUGUUUUAAGUAACUUAAAAAGUAUGGAGACAUAUGGAGUCCAGAACUCAUUUUUGUAGUGAGUAGAGGUGGGCUCAAAAUUGUUCGCAUUUUAGAAGAAUAGUUCAAGCUGACAUUGGUUGAAAAAAAGCACAAGCCCGCAAGCCCUGCAUUUGUAAAAUGAGUUCUAAUUUUGCUCUGAUUAAAUGUUAUAAUAUGACUUUAAAUACACACACAUUUUACAUAUUUGCCAGUUGAAACCUAACAUUACUUUUGAUUAAACACAAUUAUUUAUAAUAAUGACUUUUUUGAUAAAUUCAAAUUCUUAUCAGCCGGAUACAAUGUGCACUUUUCUCCAAUAGCACCAUGGUCCUCUUCUGCAUAAAAACCUGACUCAAACCCUAGUGAUAGCCUUGUUAUCAACAUGGGCUUCAAUAUGUGAAAACUAUAAUCAAAGUUGUAAUUUAAAACUGUUCCAAGAUAUCUGCUCAUGACUUGGUACACAAGCUGCCAGAGACAAUUUAAACAUGUACAGCAAGGUGCUUAACACUAGUUUAUACUUAUUUCUUUUAGCUUGAUAGUGACGAAAGCUAAUAGCUUAUAGAAUCACUCUCAAGUUUGUUUACUUGGAAGAAACCAGUAGCGGUGUCCUUUUGGAGAGGCCGUGAGAAAGUAUCCCUGCUGGGGAUCGAACCAACAACCUUUUUUCAUAACUCUGACUUGCAUAAUUGUUAAGGUGUUGAAGAAAUUGACAGAUAAGGGUAGGGAUCUGCUAUUGUUUGUGGUGUUAUGAUUUUCAACCAUGCUUGUGCCAAAGUACGGCUUUCUUACAUGUUCAUACAAACUUGUAUUUGAGUAUCGUUAUCUUUGAUAUGUGUAAGGAUGGUGAAGUCACCGUUUUACUGUCUAGUUUCAUAUUUAAAAUACCCCUUGAUGUUUUCAUGACCGGCUCAUAGCCUUUGUUUCCUGGGCUCAUGCUUACCAGUAUUUUAUGAAGCAUUAAAUUACCUUUUAUUGAAUUUGUCAUGCAAGGGUUCUAAAGUUGAGGAUUAAUCCUGAAAUCAAGAUUGAGAGUGUUUAACCUUAGACUAUUGUACAGUUGUAAAGAAAGGUUUUAGCUUUGAGGUUUGCAUUAUAAACAGUAGGAAGUACCUUGAAAUGAAUACAAUGACUUUAGAAAUGAUUCAAAUAGGGUUUCAACACCCUUACCCGCCCGUACUCAAACUGACCUUCAGCUACCUUUCUAGAUUGACAUUAAUAAGCUGUUAGAACCCCUGGUACUCAAACUGACAUUUAUCAGCUGUUAGAACCCCUAGUACUCAAACUGGCAUUUAUCAGCUGUAAGAACCCCUGGUACUCAAACUGACAUUUAUCAGCUGUUAGAACCUCUUGUACUCAAACUGACAUUUAUCAGAACCCCUGGUUCUCAAACUGACAUUUAUCAGAACCCCUGGUACUCAAACUGACAUUUAUCAGCUGUUAGAACCCCUGGUACUCAAACUGACAUUUAUCAGAACCCCUGGUACUCAAACUGACAUUUAUCAGCUGUUAGAACCCCUGGUACUCAAACUGACAUUUAUCAGCUGUUAGAACCCCUAGUACUCAAACUGACAUUUAUUAGCUGUUAGAACCCCUGGUACUCAAACUGACAUUUAUCAGCUGUUAGAACCCCUGGUACUCAAACUGGCAUUUAUCAGCUGUGAACCCCUUGUACUCAAACUGACAUUUAUCAGCUUUUAGAACCCCUGGUACUCAAACUGACAUUUAUCAGCUGUUAGAACCCCUGGUACUCAAACUGGCAUUUAUCAGCUGUGAACCCCUGGUACUCAAACUGACAUUUAUCAGCUGUGAACCCCUGGUACUCAAACUGACAUUUAUCAGCUGUUAGAACCCCUGGUACUCAAACUGAUAUUUAUCAGAACCCCUGGUACUCAAACUGACAUUUAUUAGAACCCCUGGUACUAAAACUGGCAAUAUCAGCUGUUAGAACCCCUGGUGAUGCCUAGCAAAACAUGAACAUGUACAUAUAUAUUUUACAUCUAUAUAUUUGCAGUUUGAAAACAUUGCUAAAUAUCUGUAGAUCAGGUCGUGCAAUGAAAUCAAACUUUUUUCUCUGGUCAGAAUGACUUCAACUAUAUUAUGUAGUCUUGAUAUCUAUUCUAUGCUAUUAUUCUUAUAAAGCCAUUCUUGUCAUUUUUAGCUUGGAAUACGGUGCCCACCUGUAGUCAGAUAUACCUCAAUACAUAAUUAUGAAUAUAAAUUUGAGUGCUUUGCGCAAGACAUUUGUUACACCUGCUAUUUUUAUAUGGAGUUAUGACAGUCUUGCGAUGGUUGCCUUUGCUAUCAUAAAGAGUUUGUACGCAGUCAGCUGAUUGUUCAGAACUUUGUUUAAAGUUUGUUAAAUUUUUAAAUGUGAAUUAUUAGAUGAUGUGAUCAUAUAUUUAAAGAUUUGGUACAGUUGGCUCAAAUCUUGCUAGAUAUACGGUAGAUCACAAGACUAUCCAUUUAACUUCCACAGCAGUAAAAAUUUGAAAUAAUGACGUUAACAACAUUGUAUAACGAUUUUGAACAAUCGGCCUGAUUUGAAUGAAUAUCAGCAGGUUUAUCAAAUACACGAAUUCAUUCAUCCUCAUUAUAAUGACUUUUGAUUGCAAUAUUUUAUGAUGCUAUGUGGUGUUCAAGUCUGCUUAUUGGUAAAGGCUGUAUAUUUAUAUUAAUUUAUGAGAUAUAUUUUCUCUUUUACAUGAAUUUCUGUAAAUCUUGUCAAGUUGAGAUGUGUUUUGAGUUGAUUAUUGCCCCUGUUCUCUUUUACAUGAAUAACUUGUAGUAUAUCUUAAAUUAACAUAACUCUGUUGUGUAGUUUGAAUGAAUUAUUUCCCUUUGAUUUGUCAACAAUCAAGAAGGGCUAAAACAAAAUAAUCACCAGCAGUUCAGUUUAAAUGAGGAUUUUUUUCGUUUUGGUCAGCCAAAAUGUCUAUUGAUUGGUCUAAAUUUAUCCAAUAUUAACAAACUAAACUAUCAUUUAAAUGUGAACACUUCAGUUAAGAUGACUUUUAUACAAUUGGUGGCUGUACAUAAAAUAAUGAGAAUUAAAUGUUUGUUUGCUAAACAUAUCAUGAAAAAAAUAUCAUGUUGUUGAAACUUAUAUAUGUCAUUGUAUUGUUCAUAAAAGUUUUGUAAAUUAUUCUGAAAACAUUACUGGUUUCUCGAUUUGAAUAUUAUUGUGCUCAAGUAUAAUUUAGUUUAUACUAUUGUUUCGCAUGCUUCUUUUAUAUGGAUGGUUUCCUCGGUCUGUGAACUAGUCCAGUUUUAUUAUUUGUGAUAGCUAUUUGUUUUGUGUCCUUUGGUGGAUUUUACCCCCAAAUUUUUCUUAUUUUCUUUCAGAAAAUGACAAAAAACAUCAGGCCUAGCCCGGGCGAGUAAGAUUCUCAAAUUCAAAUAUUAAUCCUAUUUAUUUUCCAAAAUGAAAUGAUUGCAAUGAUGUAAACAGUCAAAUCGAAACGGCAAUGUGAUCUUAUGAUGGGCAAGUUAUUUUGUAUAAUUUUGUUAUCAAGUGCUCAUGGAAGAAUGCGGAGACGGUUUAAUUUAUUGUACGUUGUAGGUAAUUCUUCUGGGAAUCAAAGAACUGUAAGUACAUAGGGUACAUAGGUUCUUAAUAAUUAAUCUUUUUUUUUUUUUAAAUAAUUUAUAAUCUGAAUAAUUUAUAAUUGAUUACAAGCCGGUUAUAGACAAUCUGGUUCCCAACUUCCUCAUAAAUGAAUGGCUGAGCAGUAAGUGGCCGGGACUAGGUAAAAGAACACUGUUUCUAUAAUCAAGCAAAUCAAAGUUUAUUGACUUUUAGUGUAAAUGUGAGUGGCUGCAAAACUAGCAUAUAUGUAAUCAGUGUAACCUGAUUUUGUUGAAAAUAUAGGGCAAGUAAUUUUUGUGCAGGGCAAGUAGAAAUAAGGUUAACUUGCCCAGCAGGCUGAGUGACCCAAAACAAAUUUGUCAAGGCCAGAACAUGAUUUCAAAAAUAAGUUACCAAGCAAAUAUUUUGGCAGCAUGAUUGCAUACGGUUUAUUUAAAGCAAACACCAACUAUUAUUAUGUUUUCCACUUUGCAUGUUUAUAAACAGAAUAUGACAUGAUACAGGUCAUCCUAUCAUAAUUGAUUGACUACUUUCAUUAAUUUUGUCUUGUUACACACAUCUCUUAGUUUUAAUCAAGGAAUCCGUUCAAAACUUUACAUGAAAUUUCCUAGAAUUUCCAUUCCGGAAAAGGCGUUUAUAAAUGAAUGAUUUACUGCAUUUGCUUGAAUAUAAACAAAAAUCAGCAGUUGAAUUCUUCAAGAAUAUUUUUUUAGGAAAUGCAGUAUGCUCCUGAAUGAAGGUGUUAUUGAUUUAUUACUUUAGUAAAUAUCAUAAAAGAUUACAUUCAGACAAUUGCCCAAUUUAGAUUUUUCCAUAUGGCCUGUUAUAUUUUUGCUGUUAGAUAUGGUCACUAAAAUUGAUAGGCAAAAUAUAACUAUGAUUAUUACUCGAGGAUACUGAUCUGAUAAAGUGAUUGUAUGAAUUGAUCAUUGAUGUGAAUGUAAAAAAAUUAAUUGAUCACUACAUUUCUCUUACAAAAUUAAAUUUUUUAUGAAAACCUUAAAACAUACAGGAUGAGAGAGCCACCAAGUUAUUGAUGCACAAUAUCUCGGUCCAUGAUUACGACCAGUCUCAAGUCAGUGUUAAAACUCCAUCUCGGAAAUGCACUUUUUUGAAUUAUAGAAAAUCAUACAUAUUCCGUUGGAUUUACAAAAAUAAAUUUAUACGAUAGAACAAUUUCAAAUAGUGUUAAUAUUCAGUCAAGUUCAUCAUUGAUACUCACUUCUCUAGAACAAGGUUCCAAUAAAUGAGGAUUUACAGUAUAGUCACUGGAGUCUCAAUUCAGACUAAUGACUGUUCGUAAUCAUUAUAAUCCCCAGAUUUUUCUGUCUCAUUGUCACUUAUGUUUGUAUGUACAUGUAUUAUACAUGAUGUGAAAAGUGUGCAAUAGAAUUUUGAA